AUGAACACCAUCAAGAACGUGCCGGCCCGGGUGCUGAGCCGCAGGAGCGGCCACAGCCUGGAGGCGGAGCGGGAGCAGUUUGACAAGACCCAGCAAAGCUUUUCUUAUUUUACAGAUGACCUCAGUGAAAAAACAAAAGAGAACAAUGAACAGAGGGAGGGAAUCAUACGGCUCAAACAAGAAAUCAGUUAUAUGAAUAACGAGCUGAUGUUUAGUGUUGAGAGAGCGAACCGAAAAGAUCACCUUCUUCAGUCCGCAAAAUCGAAGCAGCUAAGGACUGACACAGAGCUCAGCAAUUUGCGACAGAUCUACCUGAAGCAGCAGCAGGACCUGCAGUUUCUCCACUUCAGCUUGGAGAGUUCUCAAGAAGCCAAACCGACACCCAAGAAGGAGGCCCAUGAAGCAAGCAUAGAGAUGGUUUUGUCAGAUCUCAAGAAUGGCAGCGACAGAGAGGUGGCCUGUAGUGAAAUCGCUCAGAAGACACACCCAUGUUUUGUGCACAAUCCCCCAAGCAGCUUGCAACCUUGCCUCAUAUGCAAAGCUGAGAAUAGGCAGCAGGCGCAAGACUCCGGCUCCAAGGAGCAACUCACAACAAACUCAGAUGCAUUUCAGGAAGGGGCAUUUGGCUGUUUAGAAACUCUCCCUAGAGAAGAGCAGUCACAGAGCAGUUCCUUGAGCGCAGGCAGAGUAGAGAGCGGACCCGAUUCGCAGACAGACAGCACCUGGACGCCGGACGAGAGGGAAUCUGCCCAAGCGUCUGAGCGAAACCCUGUCACCUUUCUGCCGAUGCACGAGCACUGGCUGGACUUGGAUUCCUUCAUGGAGACCACAAAGAGCCGUAGCCCCACGUCAAAACUCUCUGACAAAUUUGACAGGUGCUGUAAAGCUGCAGGGGCAGAUCCCGCUGGGGUUCCAGGUGGGCAAAGCCCCCAGACCUCUCCCCGUCUGGCAAGAGCACUGGAUCCCGGCGGUUCCUGUCGCUGCUCUGCGAACAAAACCUUGCCGCACCAGCCCAUUACGGACCAAGAGUGGAUGCAGAUUUUCAAGCCGGCCAAAGCGGAAGGAGGCACACAGCUCGGAGCGCUUGCGAGUGAUUCCCAGGCUAGUUGUCGAAUUAAAAGCACCAAGGCAGAAAGCAGCCAUGAUGCAGUCCUGACUCUUUCAGACUUGGGCCCUCCUGUUUUGACUUCGACGCAUAAGUCAAGUAGGCCCAAGAGGCGUGAGAAGCUCCUCGAGCCAGACCUCCCCUCCAAGCUUGCAAGUGUGCCCGAAGUCCCGGAGGUGAGUGGAUGCUGCUGUCCUGCCAUCCUUUAUGAUUCCUGCUCACCCACAAGUAAACUUCAAAAACUACUGGCAGAGUCCCGGCAGAUGUUAGCCGACCUGGAACGCAACUACCUGCUCCCCGAUGCUCCUGGUUGCAGUCCCCAGGAAAGCAGCCCCUCAGAGUGGGCAGAAGAGCAUCCAGGGAGGCUACCGGCUGCUGAGGAAACCCAGAUGAAGCUUUCUCUCUUCUCUCUCUGA